AUGGCGACCUCGGCGGCGCGCACGGUCAAGGACGUCAACCCCCACGAGUUCAUCAAGGCCUACUCCGCUCACCUCAAGCGCUCCGGCAAGAUGGAGAUCCCAGAGUGGGUUGACAUUGUCAAGACUGCAAGGUUCAAGGAGCUCCCACCUUAUGACCCUGAUUGGUACUACACGCGUGCUGCCUCUAUUGCUAGGAAAAUCUACUUGAGGCAGGGCAUCGGUGUGGGUGGCUUCCAGAAGAUAUACGGUGGGCGCCAGAGGAAUGGCUCCCAGCCCCCUCAUUUCUGCAAGAGCAGUGGUGCCAUUUCCCGCAACAUCCUUCAGCAGUUGCAGAAGAUGGGCAUCAUUGACGUUGACCCCAAGGGUGGAAGGCUCAUCACCUCUCAGGGAAGGCGUGAUCUUGACCAAGUUGCUGGAAGGAUUGCUGUUGAAGCCUGA